UUUCCGUCUCUCGCACAAACCUAACUCCGCAAACCCCCUUCUCCUCCUCCGACGGCGUGGGCGAAUCGGAGACGGAAUAAAGGCUCUCGGUUGCCGCCGGCUCCGCCCGUUCGACCCGCCGGGAACAGUUUGCAGGAGAUAAACCAUUUGGCCAAAGGCAUUUGAAGGAGAAUACCAUCAUAACAACUAAUAGAGAUUUGGUUUGACGUGGUCCUUUCAUUUUGGUAUUAUGAAAAGACACUAAGCGUAGGAAGCUCAAGGCCGACUUGGAUUUGCAGCUGUUCAUUCCUUAUUUCCACUCAAAUCAACCUGGAGAAUGGCCAGCAACCCACAAGCCUCUGGGACUCUGCCUCCUAGGCCUGCAGUUCUGGGGUCUGCUGGCCCACCUCAAAACUUUGCUCUGCCUAUGCCUAUGCAGUUUACACCACUAGUUCCUCCACAGACAAAUCAAUUUGUGCCUUCUCAGCAAUUCCGGCCUGUUGGACAAGGAAUGCCUGGACCAAAUGUUGCCAUACCUAAUGGCCAAACUCAAAUGCCCCAUUUUCCUCAAUCAACACUGUAUAUGCCUCCAAUGUCAGGCCAGCCAGGUCAAAUGCCACCAUCAUCACAAGCGAUUCCAUUGCCAUAUUUUCAAGCGAACCGACCUAUCGCAUCUGGACCUCUACCAUCACAACCAAAUGCUCAAGUGCCUGGCAAUUUACCUAGUUUUCCUAGUAUGGGAAUGCAUCACUCUUCAUCGUACACGUUUGUGACAUCUUAUGGCCAAGCCCCAAACAAUGUCAUUUCAUCAUCACAGUACCAACCUGCAUCACAGAUGCAAAUUCCCGCCCCUUCAGUAGCACAAGCCUGGCCUGGACCUGUCAGCAUUACUCCUGUUACGCCUAUUGUUCAGACCGUACAUCAACCUUCAGCUACUGUCGUAGCACCUCAAGCACAAAGUUUGCAACCUAGCUCUAACGACCAUAAUUCUUCGGAUUGGCAUGAACACACAUCUCCAGAUGGUAGAAGGUAUUAUUACAAUAAGAAGACCAAACAAUCUGUCUGGGAGAAGCCGCAUGAAUUAAUGACUCCUGUUGAGAGGGCUGAUGCAUCAACUGACUGGAAGGAAUUCACUGCUGCAGAUGGUCGAAAAUACUACUAUAACAAAGUCACAAAGCAAUCAAAAUGGACAAUGCCUGAUGAACUCAAGCUAGCUCGGGAUCAAUCAGAAAAAACAGCAACUCAGCUACUACCAGUAGAAAUAGGGACACCUGCUCCAUCUGUUGCUUCGACUAUUCCUUCUACCGAAACCUCUUCCAUGAGCACUUCUCUGCCCACUGUAACAGAGGUGGUAUCUACUUCAAGCAUAAACCCCUCUUUGAUGGAAUCAUCUAGUGGUGCAGAAACAUCUAUGGGAAUCAAUUCUAGCUCUUCUGUAGGAAAAGAAAACGAAGCUGAUCUACCAAAUCUUCACUAUCCUGCAAAUUCAGCUCCUGAUCUAGUUCAUUCGUCUGCAACUGCUGAACAUACUUCUGUUGUCGUGGAUUCUACAGCCACUGAGAUCAAGAGCAAUCAAGACAACAACUCAUCCCUCACAAAUACCUUGGGUGUUCAUGGUGAAACAUUUCAGGAACAGGAGGAACCCAAAGAACCCACACCUCUUGUUGGUAAAGACAAUGUUAGGUCAUCUGACGAUAAAGCAUUUGAUGAACAAGCUUAUGCUAAUAAGUUGGAGGCAAAAAAUGCUUUUAAAGCUUUACUUGAAUCUGCCAAUGUUCAGUCUGAUUGGACUUGGGAGCAGGCAAUGAGGGUCAUCAUAAAUGAUAAAAGAUAUGGUUCUUUGAGAACACUUGGAGAAAGGAAACAAGCAUUUAAUGAGUACCUUGGUCAAAGAAAAAAACAGGAGACAGAGGAAAGGCGCAUUAAGCAAAAGAAAUCACGGGAGGAUUUUGUUAAGAUGUUAGAGGAAUGCAAAGACCUUACAUCAUCGACUAGAUGGAGUAAAGCAAUAAUUAAGUUUGAGGAUGAUGAACGAUUUUGUGCUGUUGAACGGCCAAGAGAACGUGAAGAUCUUUUUGAAAGCUACAUUACCGAGCUACAAAAAAAGGAAAGAACAAAAGCUGCUGAUGAUCAUAAAAGAAACAUUAUGGAAUACAGAGAGUUUCUUGAUUCUUGUGACUUCAUUAAGGCAAAUAGUCAAUGGAGAAAAGUUCAAGAUCGUCUCGAGGGUGAUGAAAGAUGCUAUCGACUUGAGAAGAUUGAUCGAUUAGAAAUUUUUCAGGAGUAUGUACGUGAUCUGGAGAAAGAAGAGGAGGAAAAGAGGAAAAUACAAAAGGAACAAAUUCGACGAGCAGAGCGCAAAAACCGUGAUGAAUUUCGCAAGCUUAUGGAAGACCAUGUUGCUUCUGGUGUUCUUACAGCUAAAACUCAAUGGCGUGACUAUUUUUCGCAUGUCAAAGAUUUGGCACCUUACUUGGCUGUAGCAUCAAAUUCAUCAGGCUCAACAGCUAAAGAUUUGUUUGAAGAUGUUGUAGAGGAACUUGAAAAACAGUACCUUGAGGACAGGUCCCAAAUCAAAGAUGCAGUGAAGAUUGGAAAAAUUACUUUGGCUUCAUCAUGGACAUUUGAGCAAUUCAAGACUGCUGUGGCAGGUAUUGGUAGUUUGAAAGGAAUACCUGAGAUAAACUUGAAGCUAGCAUUCGAUGAACUAUUGGAAAGGCUUCAGGAAAAAGAGGAGAAAGAGGCUAAAAAGCGCCAACGUCUUGCAGACAGUUUUUCUGAUCUGUUAUACUCAAUCAAGGAAUUAACUGCCCACUCAAAUUGGGAGGAAAGCAAAUUACUAUUUUUAGACAGCCAGGAGUAUUGGUCGAUAGAUGAUGACAAUUUUGCAAGAGAGCUUUUUGAGGCCUACAUUGCUCAGUUGAAGGAAAAAUUGAAAGAAAAAGACCGCAAGAGAGAAGAAGAAAAGCUGAAAAAAGAGAAGGAAAGAGAAGAGCGACGGAAGGAGAAAGAGAAGGAAAAAGAGAGGGAGCGUGCUAAACAGAAGGGGAAGGAUCGGACUAGAAAAGAUGAAGCUGAGAGCGAUGAUGCUGAUUUGGUGGAUGACUAUGGCUCAAAGGAUCGAAAAAGGGACAAGGAGAAAGAAAGGAAACACCGGAAACACCAUCACAGUCAUGCUGAUGAAAUAAGCUCGGGUAAGGAUGAGGAAGACGAGCACAGGAAGUCCAAGAGGCACAGCAGUGAUCGAAAGAAAUCUCACAAGCAUUCCCAUGCUACAGAUUCUGACACUGAAAAUCGACACAAGAGGCAUAGAAAAGAUAGAGAUGGAUCACGGAGAAAUGGUAGUCACGAAGAACUAGAAGACGGAGAAGUUGGAGAAGAUGGAGAGAUUUGUUAGUUCAUUCGAAGCCACCGUACUUUUCUUUCUCUUUGCACUCAUCUGUUAGGACAUCAGGAAGCUCUUACAUUAUGGCUUAUUUACAUUUAUGUUCUAUAGAUGUUACCGACUACUAACUUUUUGUCUCCGUCAUGUAGAAGAUAACCUUUGUUUCUGUUAUGUAGAAGGCUUUGACGUGCAGAACAUUUUCCUGUAUUUUCUCUGUUCGCAAAUAACAACUGGUAAUUUAAGUAUA